AUGGAGGAGGCGGAGGCAGAGGAAGACGAAGAGUCGGAGAUGGUUUGCGUGCAGUCCAGCAUAGAGUUGCCUACGCCCGAGCUGGACUUCGAUGCGCAGGUCAUCGAGUACAGCCUGAGCCGCACCAAGAUGCAGCAGGGCGCACUGUGGAUGGAGGGCAGGUCGCAGCCCUUCUCUCUGGCGACUGGUGGACUGGAAGGCGCCGCUGGGGAGCUCUUUGUGGAGGUCAAGAUCGUUGACAUUCCUACGGAGGAGGAUCUUGAGGAGAUGAAGGCGGCGUCGGAGACGGCCUCCCGCUCCUCGCUGCCCAGCACAGGCACCACGCGCUCCGCCAAGGUGGCGCUGCCGCCGCCGCGGCGGGGGGCGCCGCCCCGGCCGGGGGUGCCCACGAGCUACUCGCUGGGCCUGGUGAUGGCGCUGUGCGCGCUGGCCUGCUGGGGCUCUUGGAGUGUGACGCUGGUGCUGGCCACGGUGAAGGCGCAGCCGCCGAUGCCCUUUCUGCUCUACUACGUGGACUUCACGCUGUCCUUCCUGGCCACGGGGUUUACGGUGGGGCUGCUCGGUGGGUCCCUCGGCUCCGGCGGGGAGUACUACGGCUUCCACACCGGCUUCAUCGACGAGAUCUCAGGCGCCAACCACAGCGCGGACUGCUAUUUGUGGAGCAUGCUCGGAGGAAUUGUUUGGAACAUGGCCAACAUCCUUCUUUGCAAAGGCAUCGACAUGAUGGGCAACGCCAUCGGCUUCCCGCUGUGCGUGGGCCUGGGCAUGGUCACCGGGGCGGUGGUGGCCUAUGUCCAGGACCCCAAGAGCAGCCUCGCCCUGCUGGUGCCAGGCGUGGUGGUGGCCCUUGCAGGGAUCUCCACCGUGGGCUUGCUCUCCUACCGCAAAGACCAGGCCUUCCGCCGGUCUGGGAGCUCGGACUCCUCGGAGAAUGAGAGCGAGGUGGAGGCGUCGGACGGUUACUUGUUGGUGGCUGACGACAUGGACGCCAUCGCCAAAGUGGAGGCAAGCAUCGGCGCCGUGGUGCAGUUCUUCGGUCCGGAUGGGCGUGACAGAAUCAGGCAGUCCAUUGAUGCAGAUCGGCAGCAAUCACAGGCGCUGGCACAACUGGAAGACAACUUGCGCGCUCAGAACGAUUGGGAGUCUGCUGAUUCCAUUGUCAAGCUGAAGCUGGAUGCAUCAGAGAAUUCUCUGCGGCAAGUGGCACCAAUGCGCCGACACAUUCGCGAUAUUUGCGACUUGCUGAUGGAGCUUCAGGAUCUCGACGUUCAGUCAGAUGCGGCUUCCCUUCAGUCCAUAUUCUUGGAGAUGAAGGAUGCCGCCGCCGGAGCUGCCGAUAAAGCAGAAAGAGGCCAGCAGCAUUUGAUCGCCGUGUCACAGCAAAUCCGGGAUAUCCAGCUGACAUAUAUUACGCGCAGGGACAGAUGUAUGAGCGACCAAAAGGCCUGUGAAGAUGAAGCAGAGAACAAGAAGAUCGAGGCCCAGUCUCUCAAGUGCCGGGCAGUUGGUCAAGGAGCUGGUUCCUUCGCGUGCGGCGCAGCAGGAACUGGUGCGACUGGCGUUGGCGCCACAGUUGCUUACUUGGGAGCGCAAACUGUCGCGAGCCUUCCAUACUUGGGACCCCUUCUCACAACCACAGGCCCAACCGGGUUGUUCACAGCCGCGGUAGUCAGUUUCAACCCCGUGGGCGUCGGGGUUUUGGUUGGGUGCUCGGUGAUAUUCGGGGCCUUCGCCGUCAAGAAUGCGAUCGGCAUGGUGUCCUCUAUCGCGGACAGCAGGGUGGCGAAGAACGCAGCGCAUCAGAAGGAGGAGCAGGCGCUGGAGUGCAGGGCGGUGGCGGACCAGUCGGACAAGGUAGGGCAACUGGCCAAGGAGACUAAGCGCGUGGCGGAGUUCCACAAGCUUAUGUGGAGCGGCAUUGCGCUGGCAGCCUCUGAGGCCUCUACCACUUUCAAGUCGUUGCAGCAGACUGAUCCCAAUGGAGCUCGUCGAAGGAGGUUUGAGCAGAAGAUGAAGGAGUACGCGGAGCAGCUGGUGAAUUUCCUGAAGGCCGUGGAUGAGUAUCUCUUCUUCCUCAGCAAGACGGAUGCUUUCCCGCCGAACUUUGAUCUUCGGGUGCUCCUCGGCUCGGACCGCUACGCCCAGAUCGAGCGGGAUCUGGCCGCCGCCAUGCCGGCGCACGUGGCGCCAUCGCCAGAGAUGCCACCGCAAGCGGCGCUGCCGGCCUCAGAUGCGCAAGUGGCGCUGCCGGCCUCAGAUGCGCAAGCGCAGCCGGCUUGA